AUGCGCGUCGCAGUCCUCGUGGCCACAGCCGCCGCCAAGGUGGCGGCACCCUGUCCCGUCAUGGAGACCUUGGAUGGGAUGCAGUGUUAUGGCCUGAAGCCCGACGUGGCCUCUUCGAGUCUAGCGCUGUGCCGAGACAGCUGCUGCCUGGACGAAUCUUGCGAGGUGUGGCAGUUCAAUAAUGGGCACGGCUGCUUCCGCGGCUCUUCGAAUCAAUGCAUGAAAUCUGUCGACCCUUUCUGCGACGGCAGCCGCGGCGAGAGGUUGCGUGCUGCGGAGCGUGCCGGAGUGGUUUGGUUCGGCUCCGAUUGGCACAACUACGCAGAGCUCGUACCUGUCGAUCCUUACGGCCAUGGACCUCACAGGGAGGUCUUGCAGACCUUCGAAGGCGAGUGGCUCCAUUUUCAUCGGGUUGGGCCGGGGCCUGAUCAGCUGAAUGUUGCCGCAUCCUGCUGGUCCUACAGCCGCCACCCUUCCUGGUGUUGCCCGGGGGGUUCGCACGAAACUCGCGCUUGUUGGCCCUCGGUGGACAUCAUCACGCACUGCUGCGCGCAGGGCCAGUCUUCCGAUUGGACGGUGCUGUACAACGCAUUCUACUCCCUGACGCCACACCUCACACCUCAAGCGCUCCAGCAGUGGCACGAGCAGUUUCCGGGCUUUGCCAUUGACGAGGGCGCCUACGAGGCGACGCGCCAGCGUUUCCGGGUCGGACAGCAUCCUCCAGGAGAGAUUUGCCCAUCUGGCUCCAUCCAGGGGACCAUGGACUCCUCUGGAGUCCUCUGGCAGAUAGCACUCCUCAUGGCCUACUCCAGGAGCGCGGCCUCCGGCACAUUCCUCAACAUCGGGGCAGGAACGUGUCAGCCGCCGGAUCCAUUACAUCGGCUCCUGGCGUCACCAGAGGGCCAAGGCCUGGUUGGUAUUGCCGUGGACUCGAACCAAAGUCGUCUGGACGUGUGCCGGGCUACAAUGUACCAGACUCCGGGCCAAGUGAUGCCAGUGCACAUGACGGUGAGCCCGACGCGUGCGGCGGAGCAGUUGCUACCGUACUUGGCAUUGAUCUUCGGGGAUUCUCCGAAACCGUGGCCGCUGGACUUCCUGGUGGUCGAUCUUGACGGUAUUGACUGCCUUGUAAUUGAAGAGCUGCUGCAGAUCCUGAGGCCUAAAGUCAUUCACAUGGAAAUCGUUCCUCACAUUCCACCACCAUUCCGCUUCUCGCUGCAAUGGCAUGCGACCCUGUCCCCUCAUUGGGACGCCAUGUACGAUGUUGAGCUGCUGAACCCGUUUCAGGGUUGUUCCCUCAGCUACGCGCUGCACAAGUUUCGGCCCUUCGGCUACAGCUUGCUCCGCCUGACGCAGCAUGACGCGGUACUGGUCCACAAGUCCAUCGCCGCCAUCGUGGAAAAGGGUUUGCGCGUGAAGCUUCCCCAGGAUGAGUUCCAGUGCUACCGGGACAGCAAGCUGUGGCUGCAGGUGCCCGCCAGCUUUGUGCGAGAAUGGUUCUUUGCAGAGCAUCCCUCAACGGCGAUCGGAAAUAUUUGGUCCAACAUCACAGCCGUGCACGCAGAGCUUGGGCGCACAGGGCUGCCCUUCACUCUCGACUUCUAG